CGUAAGAUCGGAGCCCCUGCGCAGCAAAUUCCUAGUAUUUUCAGAGCCUUGGUAGAACCCUUCAGAGCCACUCCAUAACACUGGAGCCCACACAGAAUAAAAAAUGUCAGAGCCAUCAUAGCUGGAAAGUCGCCAUAUGACCUAUAAUUGUAUCGGUGCGACGUUAAACCCAACCAAAAAAAAAACACCCUAACCCUAAAACCCUAACCCUAACCCUAACCCUAGCGCCAUCUUGCAUCUUGUGUUACAAUUUUACGCUAGUAAAUAUAAUAAAACAACACGCAUUUAAAAACUGUUUCAACCAUAGAAAAUGCAUAUUUACUCUCACCAAUAAACUAAUAACUUCGGCCUUCGCUGAAUAAUUUUAACCUGGUAGAAAGUUGUAUAUUAUGUACUCGUCAAUAUUAAUAUUCCAGUGGGAACAGUUUAAAUCGGAAACAAUUUAGAGUACAAACACAAAUUGUAGAUAUACUGGUGAAAGAUAAAGAUGUUUGCAUGCAACUAAUUCACAUUAUAUAUUAUAUUGCUUAAGAGAAUUAAGUACUAAGAUGAUCUGAAUACUAGUUUACAGUGCACAUUUCUUCACGAGUUUGUGCUGGACUAAGCCUACUAUUGUGUUUCAAAGAAAACUAAUCAGCAAAAUGUUUCAGAGAUUUAAAAACUUGUUUCAACGGUGCUUUUCUUUAAUUUUGAUAUUUUGUGUUUUAAUAGGUUUACGCACAAAUAUUUUUGGAAAUAGCGAGGUACAUUUUGGACCAGCAGUAUGGUUUAAGCAGAGUUCUUAUCCAAAUUUAGACGAAACGCUACAAUCUUCAAUGAACUUUAGUAAAACAGGAAAGGGUCCGAACACAAAAAUAGCAAAAGAGCAGAAGCCGUCUACAUCGGGCAGUCAUAGCUUAAAUGAUACGGAACUUAAAAAUGUUCAAGAUAUACAUGUAAUAAAGAAAUACUAUCCUAAAGUACAUAUCACGAAUGUUGUUGCCAGACUAGGUCAUGCCAGUUUGGACGGAUCGGUAAACUGUAGCAAGAAGGAAAUCAAUUUAUCUCAAACAUUGCUACCUAUAACUGGGUUAGUCAGUUUUCCUGGAUCUGGAAAUACGUGGACCAGGCAUCUCAUACAGCAAAUGACAGGGAUUGGAACAUCCAGUAUGUAUUGUGACGAAGAAUUGAGAGCGCGGGGUUUCCCAUAUGAAUGUCACCAUAACAGGGCUAGGACUGUAGUGGUGAAGACGCAUGAAGCAAGACAUUUUAACCUAUUCAAAAACAUAGUGCUGCUUUUAAGGAAUCCAUACGAUGCCCUGUUGUCGUGUGUAAACUUUGCAAAGGUUGGACACACGGGCCAUUCAUCAAAACAAGUCUUGAUUCAAGCCCUCACCAAAACAUUCGAGCACUAUCUGAGAUGGUAUGUUAACCUGACCAAGAGCAUAAUAGAAAAGUUCAAAGGACCCGUGCAUGUUGUACAGUACGAAAGACUUCAAAGUGAUAUGGCAGGUGAGCUGAGAAAGCUUGCCUCAUUCUUUAAUCUAAGCGUCCCUGAUAAAGAUAUAGAUUGUACAGUUAAACUUCAGGAGGGUAAUUUUCAUCGUAAAACAAGCGAAGCAGAUCAUAUAGAACUUCUAAAUACUGUUUACACGAAGGAAAACCUUUUACGCCUACAAGAGGCGGCACGAUAUUCAGAGAAACUUUUAAGAAAUGCAUAUAAUGUAGAUAUUGACUUAGGUGGUACAACUGAAAGACUGCUGUUUCAGACUUCAUAAUGCAUAUGUAAGAGAAUGAUUAAUAUUACUUAUCAAACAAGGUUGUGUGCUAUGGUCACUCAGUGACAUUAAAAUUGGUAUUUUAACCAUUGAGGUAAGUGCUUGCACAUUCAAAUGUAUUGAAAGGUAAAUUGGAUUCGCUGCCAUUAAAAUCCUCACUCUUUCACCAUGGAGGUAACAGAGUUACUUGUUUCUCUGGACAAAUGUGUUUUGACUUUCUUGGCAUAAAGUUCAGACAAAAACUAUUUGUA